CCGCCCUGCAUGGGCAUUCUCUUGGCUGGGACGCUCUUGGCAAGGAAUCGAUCCGUGCCAAGAACGCGGCUCGAACCGCAAUGGAAUGCACUCAUGGCAAGGCGCGAUGCCAGGGUUGUUGGCUGGCCAGCAUCCAUCUCGGCUGGCGGCGCCGCCCAGCAUUGCAUCGCCAUCUCCCCCUCCCAUCCGCAACUCAAGACCAAAUGAGCGAUCGAGUCGGUCUCAUCGACAACGCAGCGCCUAUUGCGGGGCUGGACUCGGCUCCGCAAGGCGCCGGCUCAGCCACAACACCGGCUCAAAAGUCGAUAUUCCAUCUGUCCAGCCACCCAUAUGUCCUCUUCUUUCACCUCUUCUUUCGUGGGGCGGCCAUCGUGACAUACGUUCUGUGUGGCUUCUUCACGAGCAGCUUUGUCUUUCCCUUCGUGGUGAUCGUUCUGUUGCUGGCUUUCGAUUUCUGGACCGUCAAAAAUGUCUCUGGUCGACUCCUGGUGGGCUUGAGGUGGUGGAACGAGAUCAAGGACGACGGAUCCAACGUGUGGGUUUUUGAAUCGGCCCAGAACCGUGUCGUCAACUCGACCGACUCGUGGGUAUUUUGGACCUCCCUGUACGCCGCUCCGGCGAUCUGGGUGUUCUUUGCCUUCAUAUGCCUGAUCCGGUUCAACAUCACAUGGAUGCUGGUCACUUUCGUGGCCAUUGUCUUCAAUCUGGCCAACGUUAUCGGAUACACCAAGUGUGAAAAGGAUGCGCGCAAAAAAGUCACAAACUACAUCGCAAGCCAAGGCAUGUUCCAAAGCUUUGUCGGCGGUCUUGUCACUGAUCGGAUCUCGAGCAUGUUUGGCGGUCGUGGGUCGACCACAAACAGCAUGGUCUGAUCGAAUCAGGCUGCACAUGGAACACCUUGCGCGUGCACCAACGCUCCGGCAGCGCUCUAGUACCAAGAGAUACACCUGCUCUGUGGGUCCGUUUGUUUCAUAGCGUACGUAGAAUGUAAUAGGGCGUUCUAUUUCUCCACGUUCGCCAGUCAGAUCUCUUUGGAUGUGAAUACACACUCACCCAUCGCCUACAA